GAUUCACGCGGAAACGAAAGGAUCACUUCCGGUUUUGCCACCCCGGGAACCGGCGGUGUUGAUCGGCCCUUUAAGGCCUUACUCCGAAGCUCCGCCUUCGCUUGGGUCUUUCUGGAAAGUCAGCUUUGGUCUGUACCGAGCGGGACAGCGUCCCGGGCUCCUGUGUGUCUCCCAUGGCGGAUACGACCCCGAACGGCCCCCAAGGGGCGGGCGCUGUGCAAUUUAUGAUGACCAAUAAACUGGACACAGCAAUGUGGCUGUCUCGCCUGUUCACAGUUUAUUGCUCCGCUUUGUUUGUUCUGCCUCUUCUUGGGUUGCAUGAAGCAGCAAGCUUUUACCAGCGUGCUUUGCUGGCCAAUGCUCUGACCAGCGCUCUGAGGCUGCAUCAGAGAUUACCACACUUCCAAUUGAGCAGAGCGUUCCUGGCUCAGGCCUUGUUAGAGGACAGCUGCCACUACCUGCUGUAUUCACUCAUCUUCGUCAACUCCUACCCCGUUACAAUGAGUAUUUUUCCAGUCUUGUUAUUUUCUUUGCUUCAUGCUGCCACAUACACUAAGAAGGUCCUGGAUGCAAAGGGUUCAAAUAGUUUUCCUCUGUUGAGAUCUGUCUUGGAUAAAUUAAGUACUAACCAACAAAAUAUUCUGAAAUUCAUCGCUUGUAAUGAAAUAUUCUUGAUGCCUGCUACAGUUUUUAUGCUCUUUAGUGGCCAAGGAAGUUUGCUCCAGCCUUUUAUAUAUUACAGAUUUCUUACUCUUCGAUAUUCCUCUAGAAGAAAUCCAUAUUGUCGGAACUUGUUUAAUGAACUGAGGAUUGUUGUUGAACACAUUAUUAUGAAACCCUCCUGCCCACUGUUUGUGAGAAGACUGUGUCUCCAGAGCAUUGCCUUCAUUAGCAGACUGGCACCAACAGUUGCGUAGUUGAACAUCUAGUUAACCUGUGUUUAGAAGAUUAGCGUUAUUAGCUGGUAAUUCUGAUAGGGGUCCCAAAUUACAGGUCUAACAUUGACCUCAGUUCAAUUUACAUGAUUUACAUAAAAUAAAUGCAUCUCAGUGCAAAAAUAAUAAUUUUCCUGGCAUGUUAAAUCAAGCCUUUAACACUUUCUGAGAAAAUUUUACUGUACAUUACUGUUUGUGGUUAUGUAAGUUUGUAUUUAGUGAUAAAUGUUACUAAAUUGUUUUAGAUGCUGCUGUGCCUACAUCAUGAAAUACAUUUAUUUCUUUUAAAAAGAAUUCUGAAAUUUGUUUCAUCCUAACUAUUAACCCAAGUUAUAUCUGGAAUGAGUUCAUUAUGGUACUAGAUGAGUUGAGAAUAUUUUAAGACAGUAUUUUCCAUUCUGUAAUUUUGGUUGAGAUUGUAGCAGAAGCACAUCCCCCUGUAGUUUCAGUUCUCAUUCUAUGUGUGCUGCUUUCUAGGACAGAUGUGCUUAGCCUGCACUAUUACAGAGAAGUUCUGUAUAUAUUUUAUGACCUGUGAAGCUUUCGUUUCCAUAGUACGUCUGUGGCUCUGAAUGAUGUUUGAAAAACGGAUUGACUGUAAACCUCUUUUGGAUUAGAUCUUUGGGGGUCAUAUAAUCAUUUACUCUAGAAGAUAGUAGUGACAUAGAGACCUACUGACUGACUUUUAUAAAUGUCAACCAAUAGAUUAUCAAUGUUGCUAUAGUUUGUAGAAUUACAUAGUUCCAGAAUCUUGACUUUAGUUUUCUUGGUUUCUUAGGCUUGAAAUUUCCUAGCCAUGAGCAGCAGCAGUUCAGAUGCCUUUGAAGGGAUGUGAUUGAAGACAGCAUGUGAUUACACUUGUAUGUUCUGAAAUAAUGAAGACUAUUCUGUAGAUUACAUGUUUACCCAGCAAAUAUGAUUCAGAGGGUUUAAUGGAAAGGGUUAUGGGUAAGGUAAUUAAUGGGGAAUGGGCCUGGGGAGUAGUUGAAGGGAGUAAUGGUAUUUCAGCCUGGUAACUCAUAGUUGAGUUGGGGGAUUGAAUGUAUAAUGCAUCUGUGAUUGAGGCUGUAUAAUAUGUUCAAUUCUUUCAAUUGAGUUCCCGUCUAUUCCUUUUUAAAAGUCAUUCUGAUCCUAAUUACUUACUGUUGCAUGAUUUGAAGUACUUAAAACACUGCACUACAAUGUUAGUUUAGAGUGAUGUAAUGUGGCUUUUUUUUUUUUUUUUGUGCCCACUUCUAUCUGCAUGUAUUUUAGAUUUUUCAAAUACAUUCAUUAGUAACUUACAGCAUCAGUUUUCUUUCUGUUUAAGUUUCUAGUCUAUAGAAAGGUGAUAGUCUUGGGGUAGAUUUCCAGGAAAUACUACUUGAUAGCUUAGCUUUAACCAGCUACUUUUAUAUUUUUGUAAUAUUUAUCCACCGAGUUGGAGAAGCAACCUCCUAAUAUCCAGUUGAUUUUUAUGUGUGUGCCUAGCCUCCUCAUCACUAUGUAAUCUGAUGGUUUUAAAGAUGCAAAUUUGUAGAGCAAUAAAGUGACUAUCUUGUUAUGUAAACUGAUUUCUAAUGAUGUCUUAAAACAUUGUCUUGAAUGACAUUGAGUUCUGGCAGCUAAAGGCAUAUUUAUUUUGAAAUGUUUUUUUUCUCCUACUUUUUUUCUCCAAUCUUGGAACAUUUUAGAUUUAUAAGAGAUUCAAAAAUAGUGUUGAGAGUAUCCAUGUACCUCUGACUUGUCUAUUUUUAUAUUAGCAUCUUCUUUUAAUUGGAAGGACAUUUAUGCAAAGUAAGAUAUUAACUUUGGAUCAGCUAAAGUACAAAAUGUAUUUGUAUUCCACCAACUUUUCCAUUUGUGUUGUAUGUGUGCUGUGUUUGUACCUGGAUUGCCUUUUAUGUUUCAAGCCUAUAAGUGAGCUUGUUCUUUAUGAUAUUGGUCUAAAAGCUUUCCUUAGAAGAGCUAAUUCACGCUGACUUUAACAAGAAUUUUUUUCUUAAAACUGUAAUUUCAAAUGCUUAGCAAUAUAAUUAAGACGCUUUAAUGAUAUUGCAGAAUUUCAUUAUUUCUGAUAACUUGUGCUUGAAUGGAAAUGUAGAUUUGUUCCUUAAGGGAAAGUGUAGUAUAUAAAUAAUAUUCUCAAGCCCGUGAAAAGGCAAAUUUUUUAAUUUGAACAUUACUAGAUGUUAGUUUGCAUGAAGUUGCAGUUAGAAAUAUUACAUUCUGUGUGAAUAUGUACAGUCAGCUGAUCUCAAAUCUGAAAUUAGUGUUUCCUUGUACACCUAUCAAAAAUCAGGACAUGGACUAGUGCAUACAGUGGAUGUAGCAGGAGAAACUUAACACUGCAUAAGGAAGCAGUUUAAAAGAACUUGAUUAUCAUGCAGAAUAUCUAGUGCUUUAAAAAUUGGAAAAGUGCUGAUGUUUUUUUAAACCCUGUUGGACAAGUGGAAGCUUCAUACAAACUCUAUUGUUUUCUAACAAGAAUUCUAUUCCUUCUGUGUACUUCAUCUCUCACCACUUUGGCUAUAUCUUAAUAUUAAGCCACAGAGCAAUUUAAGUAUAAUUUGUAUUUAAAUUUCCUUGAAAUAAAAUUUCACUAAGUGAGAUGCUUUUGGAAGAAAAACAAGAGAGAAAGCUGAUUUUAAAGGUAAAGUUGAGAUGCUUGUAUAUAUCUCUGACUGAGAAUGUCAAAGCAAGCUAGGAACAAACCGGAAGUUCUGGAAAAUUAAUGGAUACUGUUGCAUAAGAGUCACAUAAGUCCCAGUAGGUCUAAUGCAUAUGUAAUCAAAGUUAAGGCGAGGUCUCUAGACAUUUCACAUGGGAAAGUGAGCACCUGUGACUGGAUUAAAAAAACAAGCAGACAAACAAACAAACAAAAGCUGCUCAGCUAGCGUAUUAGAAUUUGUACUGAUUAACUUGCCCAGGGAGAAAAUAGCUAUGGACAGUUAGGCUUAUGAAGGUGUCACUGUUUCCUUUGGUUAGGCUUAUGAAGGUGUCACUGUUUCCUUUGGUAGUCCCCAUUUUCACAAGCUGGGUUAGAAGAUUAUGCUGUGCUACUUACAUGCUUAGUAGUCCAUGACACUAAGUAUCUUAGUUCUAUGACCCCUUUAAUUCAAGAGUGGACAAAUAUUUGGUAAGUAUUUACUAUGUGUUCUGGGAGAUGGGACUGGGGAUUGAAACCAGGGCCCCUUGUUCUACUACUGAUCUAUAAUCCCAGCUUAUGAGUACUAUUUUAUAAUAGUAAAACAUUCAAAAGAAGUGCACUGUCAGUACAAGCCAGUAAAACAGGGCCCAGGCAGGAGUGGCAUGUGUGUUACUGUCUCUUCAUUCUCAGCCAAAGUCACCCAAGUAUAUAAAUGCUAAGGUUAUUCUUUCUCCUUUUCAAAUGUUCAGAGAAACGAUCAUUUUUCUCAUACAGAGAGAUGGAAUUUCAAUUUUUUUAUGAUUAUUUUGUAGGUAUACUAGAUAGAAUCAGUUAAACUACAAUUGAGAUUUUAUUUCCCCUGUAAUAUGAAAGCACUUGAGUGUUUGGAUGUUACAUCAAUAAUACUACCUGGGUUUGAAAGUUGAAUCUAGUCUAUAAAGACAACAAGUUUUCAUACCACCACUGGAGUUCUCUGGAUCAGGGGAAUUAACACUGGCAGUGUGUUGGUGUAGCUCAACAGACAGUAUACUAGAGGCACUGCAGACCUGUGGAAGCCUGCAGUUGUUUCUCAGCAGCUCUUUAAUGCACAUGGUCCUGUGUUGUACAUGCCAUGUAACUGGCCCUCAUUGAGUCAGUAGUGACAAGAUAGCAUGCAGUAUUCUUUGUAUCUGAAGUGACUCUUUCAUAGGAAAAAGAUUAUUAAUAGCUGUGUUUGCUAGAGUCUUUUAAUGAUUGGCUAUUGUAGGAGAAAGAAGGGCACAAGAAUCAUUAUUUUUCCUUCUUUUUUUUUCCCCCUAAGACAGGGUUUCUCUUUGUAGACCAGGAUGUCCUUGAACUCAGGGAUUCUCCUGUCUCUGUCUCUGCCUCCCAUCUUUUUUAGUUUUUUAAAGGUACAUUUAAAAAAUAGGCUCAGCAGCUAACCUUGUUCAUAACAUUUAAUUCCAAAUAUUUACUAUUUUUUUGUAACUUUAAGAACAAUUCCUUUUGACAUUAGUUUUUGUGUAUAAAAGAGCAAACUCUUGGGCAGGCAACACUUAGUGAUGUGUAUAUAUCGGAACAAAUACACAAGGAUUGUAGAGAUUAGUAACACUAAUAAGGACUGCUUGGUUUAUAAAUGCAUCGCCUCUGGUGCUUGAUACGAUGGGAUCUAUUGAGCUAAGAAAUUUGUAUAUACAGUAUGUCAGCACUUCUUACUAACUUCUUUUGAAUCCAUUUUUAAUAUAUUGUACAGGUUGGGGAGUUCUAUGUACUCUUCAAGCCACUAUUAUCCUGGCUAUAAAUUUAUAAAAUAAAUUGAAAAAUUCAUCAUUCUCCUGUAUUCAAGACCAAAGCACAUAAUGCUAAUGUGGGCCUCAGAGGGGAAAUACAGUCCUGCUGCAUAUUUGAGAAAAUGUGGAGUCCUUUGAAGAAAAUGUAAUAAACAUAAUAAUCGUAGCCUGCUGACACUGAGGAAAAAACCCUCAUUCGCUCUUUCUUUUAUGCAGCAAUUUACUGGUCCCUGCUGAUCUUCAAAUUGGAUCACUGUAGUAAAUUAUCCAUGCUGGUUCUGGUGAAAGUAAGCCCUAGGAUCCAUAUUUGUUUUGUGUUCUGCUUAAAUCAGCAAGAAUGAUAAAUUUGAUGGUGUGAAAUUGGAAGUAUCAAGGGCUUUCUUUGGUGACUGCACAAAGUCAUGUCUCCACCUGGAAUUUAUUGUGACCUUUUUUCCACUGUUUGUGCUUCAUAUGUUUAAUAUUUAUUUCAAUAUAAAUUAAAUUGUUCUUCAUCUAUAAUGUUUUACCUAACAUUUUAUUGAUGUAAAGUCAAAUUGUAUAAUAAAAGUCUUCCUGGAUUUAA